GUUCGGGUGUUUGAGGAUCAAUGUCAUGAUGAACAGUGUGCGGACUCUACGAUUGAGGAAAGCAUGAAUUCAUGUGAAACUCCAGUCUACUAUUAAAAACUGACUGCAGGCUGCACAUUCUGUAGGAAGCAUGUGUAGUUCACUAAGCGGCAAGCCACUGGCUAGUCCUGGCCUCACAGAUCUGCAGCUGUACAGUCAGUGGCUGGCUAGUCGACAUGAAGCCAGUCUGCUGCCUAUGAAGGAAGAUCUGGCCCUCUGGCUCUCCAGCAUGCUCGGUGUGGACAUCACUGCAGAGAGCUUCAUGGAGCGGUUAGAUAAUGGAUUCCUCUUGUGUCAGCUGGCUGAGACACUGCAGGAGAAAUUCAGACAAAAUAGCACAGAUCUCCAGACUCCACCAGGAAAGACAAUCCAAAGCCGCAGGAUACCCUGUCGAGCCAGUGCCCCGUCCGGUUCCUUCUUCGCCAGGGACAAUACAGCCAACUUCCUGUCGUGGUGUCGGGAGGUGGGCGUGGGUGACACCUGUCUGUUUGAGUCAGAUGGGUUGGUUUUACACAAGCAGCCGCGAGAGGUUUGUCUUUGUCUGCUAGAACUGGGACGAAUAGCAUCCAGGUAUAAGGUUGAGCCACCUGGACUCAUAAAACUGGAGAAAGAGAUUGAACAAGAGGAGAAGAUGCCUGAACCUCCAACCUCACCUGUUCCUCCUACCUCCAUCUCUCCAUCGGCCUCCCCACCUGUCUCUCCAUCAGUCUAUCCAUCCGUCUCUCCGCUCACCAAGACCAACUCCUCCAAGAAAAGCAUAGGCAAACUGCUGGAUGAUGCAGUGAAGCACAUUUCCGAAGAUCCACCCUGUAAGUGUCCAAAUAAGUUCUGCGUAGAGCGACAAUCACAGGGCCGCUACCGUGUCGGUGAGAAAAUGCUUUUCAUUAGGAUGCUGCAUAAUAAGCAUGUGAUGGUGCGUGUUGGCGGAGGCUGGGAGACGUUCGAGAGCUACCUGCUGAAGCACGACCCAUGUCGCAUGCUCCAGAUCUCACGUGUGGAAGGCAAGAUCUCACCCGUCUCUGGGAAAUCUCCCAGCAUCAGAGACCUGACGCCUGACUGCUAUCUGGUGGUGGCGGCUCACUACAAAAGCAAGAAGUGAUGAAGAAACAUACUCCAACUGCAAAGAAACAAUGACUUUUAUUUGUAAUGUAAUUUGAAGCACAGCUUACUUGCUAGCAGUUGUAGAAUGCUACAAGGACAUGCAGACUUCAUUGGCUUCUUGAAAUAACAAGUGUUUAAAAGAGAAAAACAAUCCGUAAAACAAAGCAAAAGUGUAGCUCAGCUAGUUUGUCACAAUAAUGGCCCUUUCCCAAAUGGAACACUUGAUGGAGUUGCGGACCUCUUGUGGACCUUCACUCUCGCUUAUCUGUGAAGUCCAUGAGACCGUUGGGUGGUUUAUUUGUCAUUUAAUGACACAUUUAAGGGGGUCUGUUUUUGGUGUCUUUUGGUCCCUUUUGCCGAGCCUGUACUGGUGCGACACAGAGGACUGUUAACCCACAGCCAAUGCAGCAAAGUCUACAUUCAAAGGUGAACGGCAAGGGAUUUGGGACAGGACCAAUGUAUAGGUUACAUUCACACAGACAGUGUUUGGGAUUGACAUCCAUAUUUUCAAAUUGUGGGAGGGGGGGUGGACAAAUACCCAAAGUCAAGCCCCUUUUCUAUUUAUGCGAUAGUCAUAAAUAACACGAAGUCAUUAGAUACAUACUUUAGAUAUUUAAACGUGACAUACAGUUACAACUAAAUUAAAAAUUUACAUAACAUUCACAUACUCACUAAACCAUUUCAUUUGGAUCAGUUGUAACAGGAUAGCGUCACCAUGAAUUUGCUGCAUUGUUGUUUUCAGUAGUGUUACUGAUCAAAUUAUGAUAGCUCACAAGGUAUUUUCAUUUUGAUUUUCAGGAAUGUGGUAAGAUUCACCAAUAACUAUAAAGCAACGGUUUUCAUUUAUUGAAAAGCCGGCAUUCUAGCAAUUUAUUUCUUUUUGUAAUUAUAAUAUGCCUGUUAAAUUCAUGAGCUAUUAUUUCCAUUAAAUAAUUGCAUUGUUUGAUCUCCAUUUACAUUCGAAAUGUGAAAUAUCAAAAAUAAAAUAAUAAUAAUAUUAACAAAGUAACAACUCUCACUUCAAAGGUGCAUAAAGUGUCUCUUUGUGCCAUCCUAGUGGAAAUUUUGAGAACUGAAUUUACAGUUCCACUGCGGUGGUACAUGCAGCGGUACAGGUCAUUUUGGUCUGGUACCUACUGUAAGUGACUAAAGUAAGUUUCAAAGAUGGCAACGUCCAUAACACCAGAAAGUCUUAUCACAAAUGACUCGACAUAAUUGAACAAACAAGUCCAAUCAAGUUCAUCUAUUUAAUCUUAAUUAAGUGACAGCCACUUUUAUGUUUAACUGAGUGUAGAGCACAGCAUUUUAGUUGUGCCCAGACCACAAAACUGAAGGGAGCAGCUUUGGUAAAGGAUAAUGACUGGAUGUAAAACCUUCGGAUGACACACAGCUUAUAUCUCCAUCUCAGUAACAGGAACCUUUCAUGAAAAAACAAAACACACACAAGAAAAGCUAGUUCAAGUGCUGUAUGAUGUGACAAUACUAGUUGUCCCGUGCAGGUUUACAGAACUUACUCGCAUGUGGUUGCAAGUCCUGACAGUGUAAGGGUGUCACUCUCGUUUAUAACUGAAUUGUGUGUGAACAUACUGUAAUUGUAUUUAGCAUUUUAAAAACAAAACUGACAAUCAUGUUCUGCUGCUGUGUGAACGUAGCCUAUGAUACUGAGGAACAGAAAAAUGGAGUCUGAAACUGGAAUCCAGACUUAAUGUUUUAUUGUUUAUAUUUUCUUCAUCUCAGCUAUGAUGUUUAUGGUGAUUUUUCUCUCUUUUUGUGUUCUUUCAUGUUUUUUUUUUUUGUUUUUUUUACCUGAGGAUUAAGUAUAAAUCAAGUAUAAAGGAUUAAGUAAUAACCUAUGCGUUCAGUCUUGACUAAAUGGAAUAAAAUCGCUAGUUGAAUUCAAGUAUUCAUUUCUACCCCAGUGGGUAUUACUUUCAGUGCUUUAUAUACUAACAAUAUAAUGAUGACAAUGUUUAUACACACCGAUCAGCCACAACAUUAAAACCACCUGCCUAAUAUUGUGUAGGUCCC